GUAAAUAAAUGUCGACGAAAUUAAGAGAUUUGAUAAGAAAUAUAAGAUCAUGUAAAACAGCUGCAGAAGAGAGAGCAUUAAUAAAGAAAGAAUAAGCAUUAAUAAGAGAAUCAUUUUCAGCAAAUGAAUCAGAAUAUAGACCUCGAAAUGUAGCAAAAUUACUUUUCAUUUCAAUGUUGGGUUAUGAGACUGAUUUUGCUUAAAUGGAAUGUUUACAUUUAAUAACAGCUAAUUCAUAUAAUGAAAAGAGAAUAGGUUAUUUGGCAUUAACUUAAUUAUUUAAUGAGAAAAGUGAAGUAUUAAUGAUGGCCACAAAUCGUAUUAGAAUAGAUUUAAAUAAUCCAUCUAAUUAUAUAGUAUCAUUAGCAUUAAUGGCAUUAAGUGAAGUAUGUACUAGUGAAAUGUGUAGAGCAUUAUCAGGAGAAGUAUUGAAAUUAUUAUAGAAUGGCACAGCAUAUAUAAAAAAAAAAGCAGCUUUAGCAAGUACUAGAAUAGUUACACGUGUUCCUGAAAAAAUUGAUGAAUUUUCAUAAAAAGUUGAAUUAUUAUUAGAUGAUAGACAUCAUGGAGUAUUAGUUGCCUCUUUACAAUUAGCAUAACAUAUAUUUGUCAUAUAACCUGAUUAAAAAUAACGAUUUUAAAAAUUUGUAUAGCCUAUGGUUAGAAUAUUCAAAUCUAUUUAUUCAACAUAUUCAGCUGAAUAUGAUAUAGGAGGAGUAUCAGAUCCAUUUUUAUAAAUUGAAAUUCUCAAAUAUUUUAGAAUCAUGUGUUAAGGAAAUUUAUAAUUAUCUGGAGAAGUUUCAGAUAUUCUCACUUAAGUAGCAGCUAAUACAAAUAAUACUAAAAAUUCAGGUAAUGCUGUUUUAUAUGAAUGUGUUAAAACCAUUUUUGGAAUUGAAUCCUCUAGUACACUUAAAACUUUAGGAAUCAAUAUUUUAGGUAAGUUUUUAUAAAAUAAAGAUGCUAAUAGUAAAUAUAUCUCUCUUUAUAUGUUAUAAAAAGUAUUAAAACAUGAUCUUUAAGCAGUUCAAAAGCAUAAAUAAACUAUUCUAGAAUGUUUAAAAGAAAAUGAUAAUUCAAUUAAAACUUUAGCAUUAGAUCUUCUCUAUGUAAUUACUAAUGAAACUAAUGUAAAAGGCAUUGUUAAAGAGUUAUUAAAUGUAUUACUUAGUCUAACUGAAGAGGAUGCUGAUUUUACUAAAGAAUUGACUAAUAAAAUUUGUUAAAUUGUAGAAAAAUACGCUCCUUCUAGAAGAUGGUAUAUUGAUACUUUCAUUAAAAUUUUGAUUUUGGCUGGAAAUUAUGUUGAAGAAGAUUCAAGUUCAUCUUUGAUUCAUUUAAUUAUAGGUACUCCUGAAUUAUAAAGUUAUGCUAUUCAUAAAUUAUUUUUCUCAUUAUAAGAAAACUUAAAUCAAGAAGGAUUAGCAAGAACAGCAGCAUAUUGCAUAGGAGACUUUGGUCAUCUUUUAUUGAAAGGAGAUGCAACAGCAGUUGACAAUACUCCAAUUUAAAUAACAGAAGAAGAAAUACUUGAUUUACUUAAAAAAUUAAUAGAAAAACCAAAUUAAAAGAAUGUAAUCAAAGAAUAUGUUUUGUCAGCUCUAAUUAAAUUAUAUCCUAAAGUCAGCAACUCUUAAUAACUAAUAGCAAACUUAAUAUAAUCUUAGAUUAAUUCUACAUCAAUAGAAGUAUCAAAAAGAGCUUCCGAAUAUUAUGGUUUAUUAGAUUUACAAUGGGACUAACAUAGAGCUGGUAUUUGUGAAUAAAUACCUCCUAGUGAUUCCCAUAAAUCAAUAUAUGAAAAUAAGCCAAUAGGUGAUGUGGAAUAUGAUGAAUACCCACCAGCCAAGACAGAAUUAGAAUAAGCUAAACCUGUAACCAAUAAUGAAUCAACACGAAUUUAUGGUUUUGAUAUUGAUAAUCUUAUAGGAAAUCAAGAUUAGAAUUAAUCUAAAUAAUAAACUUAAGUUACAAAUUAAUUACCUGGGGAUUUAUUUGAUCCAUUUGAUAUAACAUUAAAUUUAUCUGGAACAUAAACAUAAUCAUAGCCUGCAUCAUAAAACUUUAAUUAAUUGACAGGAAUAGGGGAAUUAUAAAUUAAGUAAGAAACAUAAUAAUAUUAAUAAUAAUAAUAAUAACCUAUAAAUCUUUUAUAGAAUUUAUAUAAUUAAAAUAUAAACUUACAUUAAUAAUAAUAAUUUCCAUUCUAAUAGUAAUAAUAAUAAUAAUUUCCAUUCUAAUAAUAAUAGUAAUAAUAACCUUUAGUUAAUUUACCUGGUGAUAUAUUUGAUUUAAAUCUCUAACCAUUAUAAUAAAAAUCAUUACCAUAAACACUUCCUAAUUUAAUGUAAUAAUAAUAACCAAUUAUAUAACCAUAAUAAUAAUAAUAAUAGAUUAUUUAACCAUAAUAAAAUGAAUAAAAAUCCUUAACUUAAUAAGCUAUAGCUUUUGAUGAUGGUGCUUUGUAAAUAGAAUUUAGAGCAGUGAAAGUAAGAAUUGAUAAGAAAUAUUUUAGGAAACCUUUGAUCAAACAAAUAUUACAGCAUAUUUCAACAAUAAGACAGCUAGUCCAAUAACAGAAUUGUAACUCUCUUUUGCAGUAUUAAAGUAUAUGAAAUUACAAUUGACAUAACCCACUUCAUCAACAAUUAGUGGUAAUAGCUCUGGUUAGGUGAUAUCGGUAUUUAAGCAUUUAUAAUUUUAGACUCUAAAAAUAACUAAUUCUAAUUAAGGACAAAAGGGGAUUGUAAUGAAAAUAAAAGUUUCUUAUAAGAUAAAUGGUUUAAUUAUAGAUAAGGAAGUGACAUUCAAUAAAUUUCCUCCAGAAUAUUGA